CCUACUUUCAUUCUACAUUUCAAUCUUUAAGAAUGGCACAUAAUUUUUCCUCUCUAAGCGAAGAUCAAUUUUCUCGUGAUGAUGAAAUUGUGGAGUUAAGUCAGCUAGGAAGGGAAGAAGAUGAGGAAAGUGUGGAUUUAAGUCCGCAAGUAUUGAAAGAUGACGAUAUUAAGGAGUUCCAGAAGAAAGUAAUGGCGAACAAAUGGGGUAAAGUAAUUGAAAAUUACAAAGCUGAUAAUAAGUAUCACACGGUAGAAAUAAAGGGGAGAGGAACAGCAUUGCAUGUGGCAGUAAACGUUGCCCCAAAACAUGUAGUGCAAGAUCUUAUAAACGCAAUAGAAAAGCAUGAUGAUAACAGUGGUAGUGUGAAAAUAAGGAAUGAAAUAGGCGAUACACCUCUUCACCUUGCAGCAUAUAGAGGACUCACAGAUAUGUGUGAAGCUAUAAUUGGAAAGAAAGGUGAAAGGAAAGCUUUGAUUCGAGAGAAAAAUAAAAAGGGAGAAACACCACUUUUUUGCGCUGUGUGUGCACAUAAAAGUUUAGUGUUUCUUUACCUAAAACAGUUUUAUCCUAGGGAUCUGGAAAUUGCUGUCGAUGGGAAACAGACUAGCAUCCUUCACGUUGCCAUUCAGAGAGAAAUGUUUGAUUUAGCUAAUAUAAUAAUGCAUUGCUACAAAGAACUUAUUACUAAGAAGGACAAGCAUGGCAACGUUCCUCUGGCAAUUCUUGCUACUAGGACAUCAGCCUUCAAGAGUGGAAGUAGCCUGCCGUGGUGGAAGAAUAUUGUGUACUACUGUGUUCCUAUAAUCCAUAACGACGAAAUUACUAUAUUGGAAUCGUUUCUAAACAAGGAUGAAAACAAAGAGAAAGAAAAUGAAAAGAAAGAUAAAGGAUGUGAUGAUAUUUGUAUAAAUUUGUGCCUUCGGCGCAAAUCAGUUAGUGAAUUAAAAGGGAAAGACAAGAUACAACAUCCAUCAUCAGUUACCACUUUAGAAGAAUACUACGGAAUAAAAAUUUCUAAAAAGUAUGUACGACCUUCUAAAGAGUCUGAACUCGCAUGGACAGGCCUAUCAAUUUUGGGCUUAAAGGAAAUAAGGACUAUUAAAAUGAAGCACAAAUAUGGUGAUCUGCUCUUUAAACAAUUUUUGAAAACUGAUGUUCAUUCAUACAUGGGUUAUGACGAUGAUCAAGAUGGUAACAAAAAAACUGAUCACAACUUGAAAUCUGAGGCUCUAAAGAAUCAAGAUUAUCCCGAGCGCCAACAAAAGAGAGGUGAUACCACAACUCAAAAGACAAAAGAAAAUAAAAAAAUUGAUGAUUCAGAAAACAUUGAUGGAGAAGAUACAACAUUAAUUGCAAUAGUUAAAAGUGGCUUUAAAGAAAUUAUGGAUGGACUUGAUUCUACUGUACCUAUUACAUCUGAUAAGAGAGGAUUAUUACUGGCAGCGAUGAAUUAUAUUAAAACUGGAGGCAAGAGUGAUGUAAACGACUAUUCAUACUUGAUUGCAGCAAGUAAUGGAAUAACUGAGAUGGUGGAAAAGCUUCAAGAAAUUAUUCCGAGUGUGGUUUUUGAAACUAACUCUAAUAAUGAAAAUGUAUUGCUUUUGGCUGUAAAGAAUAGGCAACCACGUGUUAUUCAAAUGUUGACGAAGAAGUUACUUCCUGAAGUCUUUGAUCACCUAAGUCUACAAUUUGAUAAAAAUGAGAAUACCAUGUUACACUGGGCCGCAUAUACAUCAUUCCAGAGAGAAAAUACUUGGAGGAUACCUGGUGUUGCGCUGCAAAUGAUGUGGGACAUCAAAUGGUAUAAGUACAUAAAAGAACUAGUACCAGAGCAUUUCAGUAAUAGAACAAACGAAGAUAAAAAGACCCCAAGUGAAAUAUUUAAGGAGCACCACAAAGAACUUUUAGAAAAAAGUGUUGAUUGGUUGAGAGACACAGCAGAAUCAUGCUCAGUAGUAGCAGCACUCAUUGCUGGUGUAUCCUUUUCAACAUCAGGCAGUGUACCUGGUGGAAAUCAACAAUCAGGAGAACCAACAUUAGCAGGACAACCUGCAUUUGAAGGAUUCGCUAUAUCUUCCUUAAUUGGACUUUACUUCUCUGUCACUGCACUCAUCAUGUUCCUUUCUAUACUCACUUCUCGAAAAGAAAUCGACGACUUUCGUUUAAACUUGCCAAUGAAGCUUCUUUUUGGCUUGAGUUCUCUCUUCGUAUCCAUUGUUUCUAUGUAUAUUUCUUUCUCUGCUGGACAUUUUUUUGUGCUCAGUGAUAAAUAUACAAAUGGAGGUAUAUUAUUCUAUUUGUAUAUUUCCAUUUCCAUACCUGUCGCAUUCUAUGCAGUUGUGCAGUUUCCGUUAUUCCUUGACCUUGUUAAUGUUAUUUGGAAGAUGGUUCCACCAUCAAGUUUUAAGGGUGUUCUUCUAUAGAGGUAUUUGUUGUGUUGUAUUGUUGUUUGAAAUAAAACUAAUGAUUUUGGUCUGUAUUUGAAUACUGGUGUGAUUGUAGUGUAAUUUGACUCUUUUGUAUAACUAUAAGGUGUGAAAGAAUGUUAUGGUUUGAAUCU